AUGGAUCCUGCCUCGAUGGCUUCGCGAUGGGAUCAGCCCCAGGAGACCCUGUCCGCUAACAGACUGGCUCGACAAGAUACCACAUCAUCUGUGGAGAGCAGCGAUCUAUACAAACCACUCCCUUCUGGUCGUUGGCUGCUUGAGUUUCAUGCAAGUUGUCCAAAGUGCCACCAUUAUCAUAGUGGAGCGAAAUUGAAAAUUGACAAUCACGAUGAUAAAAGCAAAGCUAGUCCCGUUCUAUGCGAGAACUGCAAGGAUCCAUGGAUGCUAUUUGGAGGCCGUAAUUCAACGCAGCUAUCACUUCUAUCCGUUAUGAGCACUGUUCCUGAUCCCGUGGAAAGAGAAGUUCACCGACUACUCGUAGCAAUGGUUCGGCCUGUGACAGCUGUCGCAACAUCACAUCUGGCGCGAAACCCGGGGACUACAGCGGACGAUGUUGCGCCUGAGGGUUCUUCAGCUCUAGGUUCACAUGAGACAACUUCACUGCCUCCGAAUACGAACCGGGAUAUUUUUCAGGGCCUCAGUGUAUCCAAACAGCAAAAGCGAACUACACUAAGGCCUAAGAUCAUUACUAGAAGUGUAUCUGGACUCAAUAGUGCUGACACUGGGCAACAUCCCUUCUUCAACUUUCGGAAGAAACUUGUAACACGGUUUCCCAUCUUGAGCAGAGUGGCAUCCAUUGCGGCCGACCGGCCUCUCACGAGCACAAGAAGGGUCAAUGAUAGAGCACAAGACACUCAGCAUAUCUCCAUGAACAGGUGUCCCGUAUCCAAUCGGAACAGCGCGACCACAGAACAUGUCUCAUCAAUUGGAUCUCGACCUGGAACAGUUGAUGCAGCCACACCACCUCUGAGUCCCGAGGCGCAAAAAUUUAUGACAGAAAUAAAAGACAACCCCAUCAGCUCGAUGAACCAGGAAGAUCGUAUACGAUGGGCACGAAAAAAGCUCACGGCGUUUCGACUUCGGCGUGCCAGUGCAGCUCUCUUGGAGGAGCCAUCUUUUAUCGACAGGGUGUCCCUGGCAAGCUCAGAUGACUUGCUUCAUAUGCCGGUCUCCCAGCUCGAUCGUCCAGGGUCGAUAGGUCAUCUGCUUGGAAGUCAUUCCGGUCACUUUGAUGGAUUGUACUUUACCGAUUCAAUUCCUCCUACACAUCGAGACUCUAUGAGCGAGCGAACAUCUGAGGUCACCACUGCUGCCGGGGACGGUCUUUUCGGCCCACGCAUUCCGUUCCAAGGUCUGUUAUCCCACGAACGUCAAAGCUCUGGGUCAUCACGCCGAUUUUCCGUGCAAAGUGCACCACGCACAUGGCAGCAAAUUCAGAAUAUUAGAACGGAAGCUCGCUAUUCGCAAGAUAUAUCUUCCGCAGCGGCUAUCAGAGACGUCCCCGGGGCCCGAGCGCGAAUCAUACAUCGAUUGUCAGGAGGCGCCGCACUGCGUACCUCGAAUGAGGAUCCUGGAUUAUAA